ACCACCAUGCCGGAGCCGCGCGGGGCGUCGCCGCUGCGGGUGAACGCGGCCUUCGCAGCGCGGUACGGCCGCUACCGGGAGCGCGAGGAGCUGCAGCGGCUGAAGGAUCGGUACGGGGACCGGGACGGCGGCGGCGACUCCAGCUCCGAAUCCGACUCCAGCGACGAGCGCGUGGAAUUUGACCCCCAGCAGGAGCGAGACUUUUACAGGACACUCUCCUUGCUGAAGGAAAAGGAUCCCUGCAUUUACCACGAGGAUGCCACCUUCUACCAGAGAGCAGCGUCGUCCUCGGAGAGCGAGGAGGAGCCAGCAGCCGCAGAGAAGCAGAAGAAAGUGCGGCCCAUGUACCUGAAAGACUACGAGAGAAAGGUUAUCCUGGAGAAAGAAGGCAAAUACGUCGACGAGGAGAACUCGGACGGGGAGACCUCCGAUCCGAGACUCCAGCAGACGGCGUCCCGCAGUUAUGUGGAGGAACAGAAACGGCUCAAGGAAAGCUUCCGGGCCUUCGUGGAGGACAGCGGGGACGAGGACAGCGCCGGGGAAGGCGGCUCCGGGUUGCUGCAGAAACAUGUCCAGACCAAGGAGGAGAAGGCCCUGGAGGAGGCCAACUAUGUGGAGUGGCUGAAAGGGCAGAAUGAGGUGCCAAACCCCGAGGCCCUGAAAGAACUGACCCACCUCAGAGAAUAUUGGAACAAUCCAGAGCUGGAUGAAGGCGAGCGAUUCCUGCGGGAUUAUAUCCUGAACAAACGCUACGAGGAAGAGGGAGACGAAGAGGACGAGGAGGAAGAGGAAGAGGAAGGGAUUCCCGGGUCCCCGGUCCAGCUGGAUGUAGACGAUUCCUCGGAUGAGGGGGAGCUGUUUCUAAAGAAGCAGGAGGAUUUUGAGCACAAAUACAACUUCCGCUUUGAGGAGCCGGACGCAGCUACGGUCAGGACCUAUCCGCGAAGGAUCGCGUCCUCCGUGCGCCGCAAGGAUGAGCGCAGGAAGGAGAAAAGAGAGGAGAUGAGGGAGCGAAAGAGAAGGGAAAAAGCCAAGAAGCAGGAGGAGCUGAAACAACUGAAGAACCUGAAGAGGAAGGAGAUCCUGGCCAAGCUGGAGAAGUUGCGGCAGGUGACGGGCAACAAGACGCUGGGCCUCGAGGAGCAGGACCUCGAGGAUGACUUUGACCCCGCCCGGCACGACCAGCUCAUGCAGAAGUGCUUCGGGGACGAAUACUACGGUACCACGGAGGAGGAGAAGCCACAGUUUGAGGAAGAGGAAGGGCUUGAAGACGACUGGAACUGGGACACGUGGGCUGGGCCGGAGCAAGGUGGCGCCUGGAGCCAGCAGGAGCCGCACUGCGAGGACCCCGACUUCAACAUGGACGCUGACUACGACCCCAGCCGGCCGCGGAAGAGGCCGCGAGAGGCACCCCCGACGGGCAAGAAGCAGCGCAAGUCGCCCUUCGCCGCAGCUGUGGGGCAGGAGAAGCCGGUGUUUGACCCCGGAGACAGGACAUUUGAGGAGUACCUGGACGACUACUACCGGCUGGACUACGAGGACGUCAUCGACGAUCUGCCCUGUCGCUUCAAGUACCGCGCCGUGGUGCCCUGCGACUUCGGGCUCAGCACUGAGGAGAUCCUCGCCGCUGACGACAAGGAGCUGAACCGCUGGUGCUCCCUGAAGAAGACCUGCAUGUACAGGUCGGAGCAGGAGGAGCUGCAGGACAAGCGGGCGUACACACAGAAGGCCCAGAACGUGUGGAAAAAGCAGCAGAUCUUCAAGUCGCUCUGUCCCGAGGAGAUGGAGACACCCACGGAAGCCACAGGGAAGCCACAGAGAGCCAAAGCCGGCCCGCAGGGGCAGCUGCCUGGGCCUGAUGGGGCCUGCGGGAAGCAGCCCCGGCCUGAGAACCCCCCGACACAGGAAGAGGUGGCCCCUGCGUCACCCACCAAGAAGCCAGCCCCCCAGAGGCAGAGGCGGGGCAAGAAGGCGCGCCUGCUGGGCCCCACGGUGACACUUGGGGGACAGGAGUUCAGCCGCCAGAGACUGCAGGCCUUUGGUCUCAACCCCAAACGGCUGCACUUCCGCCAGCUGGGCCAGAAGCGGAGAAAGCAGCGGGGGCCCAAGAGUGGUCCCUGAGCCCAAGCCGGGUGGGGGCCCUCAAAUCAGGUCCCCUGGUAUUUAUCCCCGUCCUGCUGCAAUACCGUCUGCUACAUGGAGCCCUGCAUCUAUCCCACAUGCGGGGAGUCUCCUCCUCUUACAGAUGUGGAAACUGAGGCACAUUUAAGCUUCUCCAGGCAACCUGGAAAUCUUACCUGGAGACCCUGCCACCCUGUCCCCCCAAAUGCUGAGCCCACUGCCAUGUUCAAGUCACACAGCUUUAUUAGCCCCCAGUGGCUGGUCUCCCCGCCGCCCUUGGCAGGACGGGGGCUUGAGGCCCAGUGAGGGGUGCAGACAGUACAGUGCAAACUACAGUACUUGAGUCGGGCCCUGAGUGGGUGCCCAGGAGCCUGUCCCCCAGCCCGUGAGGAGGGGCUGGCUGGCAGGAGGCAGGCGGGCUCUGUGCCUGGCUGAAGACCCCCAGCCUGGCGGCUCCCUGGACGGUUCUCAGCUUGCCGAAGGGGGGGGU